CUCAUCCACAUAAAACAAUGGCUCCUUGCUAUCAAUGCUGACAGCUCUGUGCGGCCCCUCCGAUUGAUUAAUGUCCCUCUGACGCUUUAUCAAGCACACGGAUAAAGUUUGACCAAUCAUUUGCCAGGAGCUCACAAGGCAGCAGCCCAAGUGUACUUUGUUGGAUAGGAAGUUGGGGAGGAUUGAGAAUCUGUGAGCUGCCUCUGUCCCCAGAUCUUCUUCCAGUCAAUGAACCUGCUGUGUAUGAUGUCCAAGAAUGUCCAUUUCUGGAACUCUCAGUAACUACUUUGUGGAAUCUAUCAUAAGCCCUGAGAGUGAGGAGUCUCCUCCAGCACCUAAAUUCUCUGGCCAGUACCCCAGUCCCAGGUCAGCAGGACACUCAGACACCCUGGACUUCCCUUCCUGUAGUUUCCAGCCCAAACCUGUGUUCAGCACAUCCUGGACCCCCCUGAACCCACACAGCUCUGCUCCCCUACCUUCUGUCUACCACCCCUACAUCCAGCAAGGAGGUCCUACUUCUGAGACCAGGUACUUACGGGGCUGGCUGGAGCCACUGCCCAGGGCAGAGACUGGAGCAGGACAAGGGACUGUAAAAGCCGAACCGUUGCUGGGGCACCCGGGGGACCUGCAGAAACUAGGAGCCCAAGAGUACACUUUAGAAACAGCGGCUGCAAGAGAAGAGCCUAAUGAGAGGCCCACUUAUCAGGGCAAUAAAGGGUGUGAAGAAAGCGAAGUCAAAGACAGGACACAUCAAACGAAUCCUUCCGCUAACUGGCUACAUGCGCGGUCUUCCAGGAAGAAGAGGUGUCCUUAUACCAAAUACCAGACUCUGGAGCUGGAGAAGGAGUUUCUGUUCAACAUGUACCUGACCAGGGACAGGAGACACGAGGUGGCCAGGCUGCUUAACCUGAGUGAGAGACAGGUCAAAAUCUGGUUUCAGAACAGAAGGAUGAAAAUGAAGAAACUGAACAAAGAGCAGGGGAAAGACUGAGACCCC